AUGAGUGUCCAAAUAGCCUGCCUAGGCUGGCUCUCUAUCCUAAUUGCAGUUUUUGGUAAAGCAAGUGGUCUUUCGGUCCCAAGUUCUUCAACCUCACGGUGUCGCUGCAUGCCACAAGAUACGUGCUGGCCAAGCGACCACGAAUGGGACAAGUUCAACAAAAACAUUGACGGCAAAUUGAUUGCAACAAACCCCAUCGCCAGUCCAUGCCACAUUGACUCCUUCGCGCGAUACAACGAGACAAAGUGUGCCAGUCUCCGCUCGGAUUGGGGCUUACCAGAAACACACUACAAAACCUCCUCAUCAAUCAUGGCAUCGACCUAUACAAACAACAGCUGCAAUCCAUUUUUACCAAAGGAAGCACCGUUCAAAGCAAGAGACGCCAGUGAUGUUCAAAAGGCCAUGCAUUUUGCCAAGCGUCAUAAUAUCAGACUUGUGAUUCGGAAUACGGGUCAUGAUCUCUUUGGAAGGUCAACUGGAGCUGGUGCACUUGGUAUAUGGAUGCAUCACAUGAAGGACAUCUCCAUUGUGGACUACAACUCGUCACACUAUACUAGCAAAGCCAUGAAGAUGGGAGCGGGCGUUCAAUCUUUUGAAGCCAGUGCCGCUGCGUCAAGAGCCGGUCUAGUAAUCGUCACUGGUAACUGUCCAACUGUCGGCCUCGCCGGUGGUUACUCACAAGGCGGCGGCCACGGCCAACUAGUAUCCCAAUUCGGACUUGCAGCCGACCAAGUCCUCGAAUGGGAGGUUGUUCUCGCGGAUGGAAAGCUGGUAAUCGCCUCUCUUACUGAAAAUUCUGACCUAUACUGGGCUCUCUCCGGUGGAGGUGGGGGGACAUACGGUAUUGUCAUUUCAAUGACGAGCAAAGCAUAUCCCGAACUACGAACAGUUUCCGGGAAUCUUUCAUUCACAGAUACGGGAAUAUCCAGAGAAACCUUCUUCAAAGCCGUCGAGAUAUUCACUUCGAUCCUUCCCUCGAUAGGCGAUGCAGGCGGCGCGAGUAUUUGGUGGUUAAUCAAUAACACCAUGUCAACAACUCCAACGGCAAUUCCGCGCGGUACCGUGGCACUUUAUAACUCUCUAUUUGAUCCUUUGCUCACAUUCUUCAAGAAGAACAACAUGCAAUAUACAUAUUACGUCGAAGAAUUCCCAACAUUCAACAACGCCUAUCAGAAGAUGAAGCCAUCAGAGAACAUAACAGAUGCACUGCUUGGCGGCCGAUAUAUUCCCCGAACUGUAGUCGAACAAAACCUGGCCGGGCUCGUAUCAAGCUUUCGUGCAAUUGUUGAAAAAGACGCCACUUUCUUGAUAUCCGGUACAACAGUCAAUGCCUCGCGCGUUGCAUAUCCAGAUAAUGGUGUCAAUCCAGCGUGGCGCGAUGCGAUUAUCAAUAUUUUGAUUGGAGGGUCUUUCAAUUAUACAGACCGCAAUACCAAUACUGUCCGGCAGCAGGUUAUUACUGAUGCCCUCCUGCCGCUAUUGGAGAAGCUUGCGCCUGGUGGUGGUGCUUAUUUGAAUGAAGCUGACCCGAGUCAGCGUAAUUGGCAGGAAGUUUUUUAUGGGGGUAAAUAUGGUAGAUUAUCGGAAAUUAAGAGGAUUUAUGAUUCUCAUUCUAUUUUCUAUGCGAACAAGGCUGUUGGAAGUGAGGAUUGGGUGGUUUGGGAUGGUGGACGGUUGUGCAAGUCUGGAGGUGUGGAGAAUACAUAG